AGUCCCCGUGGCGGCGAGUGGCUGCGGCGCUAUGGAGUGGGGCGGAACCCCCGGGCCCGGCGGCGCGGAGCGGGCCCCGGGCGGGGCGGCGCUGCGGGGACAGCCGGCGGGAGGAUGCGGGCCCUGGGAGAUGCGCGACCGCCUGGGCACCGGCGGGUUCGGGAAUGUCUGCCUGUACCAGCACCAGGAGUCGGGAGCCCGGGUGGCUAUCAAGUCCUGCCGGCUGGAGCUCAGCGUCAAGAACAAGGACCGCUGGUGCCACGAGAUCGACAUCAUGAAGAAGUUGAACCAUCCCAAUGUAGUAAAAGCCUGUGAAGUUCCUGAGGAGAUGAACUUCCUGGUUAAUGACGUUCCUCUUCUGGCCAUGGAAUAUUGUUCAGGGGGUGACCUCCGGAAGUUGCUAAACAAGCCAGAGAACUGCUGUGGACUUAAGGAAAGUCAAAUACUUUCUCUGCUUAGUGACAUUGGGUCUGGUAUCCAGUAUUUGCAUGAGAACAGAAUUAUACACAGAGAUUUAAAGCCUGAAAAUAUUGUUCUUCAGGAUGAAGGUGGGAAGAUUGUUCACAAAAUAAUAGACCUGGGAUAUGCAAAGGAUCUGGACCAAGGAAGUUUAUGCACUUCAUUUGUUGGAACAUUACAGUAUCUGGCUCCAGAACUCUUUGAGAACAAAUCCUACUCAGGCACUGUUGAUUACUGGAGCUUUGGGACGAUGGUGUUUGAAUGCAUUGCAGGAUUUAGACCUUUUUUACACAAUCUACAGCCAUUUACCUGGCAUGAAAAAAUCAAGAAGAAGGAUCCAAAGCACAUCUUUGCUUCUGAGGAGAUGAAUGGGGAGGUUCGCUUUAGUACCCAUUUGCCACAGCCUCACAGCCUCUGUAGUUUAAUUGUAGAUCCAAUGGAAAAUUGGUUGCAACUGAUGCUCAACUGGGAUCCACAACAGAGGGGUGGUGGUUUAGAUCCUAAGACCAGUCGUCCCAAGUGUUUCCUAUUAAUGGAUCACAUACUGAAUUUGAAGAUAGUUCACAUGCUAAACAUGACCUCUGCCAAAAUUGUUUCAUUUCUCUUGCAACCUGAGGAAAGCCUUCAUUCCCUUCAGAUUCGCAUUGAGUUUGAAACUGGAAUAAGUUCUGGAAAUCAGGAACUGCUGUUGGAAACAGGGAUUUGCCUGGACCCUCGGAAACCUGCUUCCCAGUGUGUUAUUGAUGGCGUAAGAGGCUGGGAUAGCUACAUGGUCUAUCUGUUUGAUAAAAGCAAAACUGUCUAUGAUGGACCCUUUGCUUCUCGGAGUCUGUCUGACUGUGUAAAUUAUAUUGUACAGGAUAGUAAAAUCCAACUUCCAAUUCCUCAGCUGCGCAAGGUGUGGGCAGAAGCCGUUCAUUACGUGAUUGGGCUGAAAGAAGAUUACAGCAGGCUUUUCCAGGGCCAGAGAGCUGCCAUGCUCAGUCUCCUUCGGUAUAAUGCCAACCUAAUCAAAAUGAAAAACAAUAUGGUAUCAGCAUCUCAGCAACUGAAAGCAAAGCUGGAAUUCUUUCAUCAAAGCAUUCGUCUCGACCUGGAGAAAUACAGUGACCAGAUGGCUUAUGGCAUAUCUUCAGAAAAGAUGCUCAAAGCCUGGAAGGAGAUGGAAGAGAAGGCCUCACAGUGUGCGAAGGCUAAAGAUAUUGGAUAUCUGGAUGAGCAGAUCAUGGCUCUGCACACAGAGAUUGUUGAGCUUCAGAAGAGUCCGUACGCCAGGCGCCAAGGAGAGGUCAUGGAGAGCUUGGAGCAAAGAGCCAUAGACCUAUACAAGCAAUUAAAAACAAGACCUCCAGAUAAUGCCUACAGUGACAGCACGGACAUGGUAAAGAUCAUUGUGCAGACAGUACAGAGCCAAGAUCGAGUUCUCAAGGAGCUCUUCGGCCAUCUCAGCAAGCUCUUGGGCUGUAAGCAGAAGAUCAUCGACUUGCUUCCAAAGAUUGAAGUGGCUUUAAAUAACAUCAAGGAAGCUGACAGCCUGGUGAUGCAGAUGCAGGGCAAAAGACAAAGGGAGAUAUGGCAUUUGCUGAAAAUUGCUUGUACUCAGAGCCCUUCUCGAUCACUGGUGAGCUCCAGCCUGGAAGGGACAGCCUCAGCUCCAGCAGCCACGUGGCUCCCACAGAGCUCAUCAGGGAACGUACCUCACCCUCUGUUGUCUGUGCCUAUUCCUGAUGGGGAAAACUUUGUCCACGUGAUAGAAGAGAAUCUGUAUUACCUCGAACUCUUUAGCAGCAUUUUGCAGGAGGCAAGACAGGAGCAGAACAGUGUGCUGAAUUUUGACUGGAGCUGGCUGAAAUAGCCAAAGGAGACGGCGUGCUGCUAUGAGUGAAGUGCCUGCAUGCUGAGGAGUGGCUUGGCAGCCUUCCACGUGACGAGCUGGAGGGGACUUGUCCAUCAGUCACCUUAAUUUUUAAACCAUCGUGGUGUUGAUUACAAAGGUGGUGGCCAACAGGGGAUAGACCACUGGCAGUAACACGCUCAGCGUUUUACAGGUUGUUGCCCAGUUGGGCUUCCAACUCCACGAGCCAGCCUCUUGCUGGAGAUGCACCUGCAGCACCUGCUGCUUUCACCUGUGGGAAGCAUUCCUGGGGCAGCCAGAGUGUCCCCCCACAGCCUGUCCUGGGAAAAAAGGGAGGAGAGCAAAGGGCAGUGGCUGCCUUUCAGGUCAGGGCUCUGCAGUCCGGUCCCCUCGCCGCUCCUCGUGACUGCUCAUGUGUGUAACAGGAAUUUAUAGAUUAUAUAUAUUUUAAAAUAAGUUAAUUACAAUAAAUGUGGUGUCCAGUGACAAAACAAGAGGAAAUUAUCACAAACUGGCACACAGGAGAUUUAACCU